AUGGAUAAAGAUGAACUUGAGUUGAAGGAACAUCUAAAAGCUAUAAAGAAGGAAGCACUUGAAAAACGGAAGAAGGAAAUUAUUAAGAGGAAACAAGGUUCUCAACACAGUCGAGAAUCUUCAGCCAUCUACGUCUCCAAUAUCUCAAAGCACACAAGCCAACUAGAUUUAAUUACAUUAUUCUCUAAGUAUGGUAAGAUAAGGCGCACGAGAGAGGAAGCCCUAAAUUGUAAAAUGUAUCAGGAUGAGAAAGGGAACUUUAAAGGGGAUGCUUUGGUGGUAUAUGAAAAGCCAGAAAGUGUUCAACUUGCUAUCGAUAUGGUGGACGGUACAAUAUUUAAUAAAUCAACUAUAAAGGUCGAACGCGCCCAAUUUGAGGACAAUAAAAGGAAGCUAGAUGAUGUAGAUUCGGCAGCAGAGGAUCCUCCAAAUAAAAAAAUAAAGAGUGAAGAUCCUGUAACUUCUGCUCAUGGAAAGGAUAAUAUACCGGAAGAAACGAAUAAACAAGAUGGGGAAGAUGGGAAUGUCAAUGAGGAGGAAAAAACUGUCAUAUUGGCGAACGUACUGGGAGUCCACCAAAAGUACAGUUCUGAGGAGAUAGAUGACAUAACUGAUGAUAUUUUAGGUGGCUGUUCCUCAAUUGGCACUGUGCAGUCACUAAAAAUAGAUAUCAAUAGUGAUGAGGCGAAAGUUGUUUUUGCCACGGUCGAGGACGCAAUCAAAUGUAAGUUGCAAAUGAAUGGAAGAUUUUUUGAUGGAAGGGAAUUGGUAGCAUAUAUGUUAUCAGAUGAUGGUGAUGAUGGGACUCAAAAUAUCAAUACUGAAAAUGCCGACACAGAUCUUAUAGAAUAA